AUGCUUACUCAAGCAAAAUUUGCUCAACAAACUAGUACUGCUUUAGUAACCAAGCUCCUUACUACCCAACCUGAACCUUCCUCUGUGAAUGAAGCUCUUGCUUGUAGAGAGUGGAGAGAGGCUAUGCAAGAGGAGUUUAAUGCUCUCUUAAAAAAUGAGACAUGGAUUCUUGUUCCUCGAACCUCUAAAAUGAAUGUUAUGGGUAAUAAAUGGGUUUUUCGUACAAAGUUUCAUGCUGAUGGUUCCUUGCAAAAAUAUAAAGUUAGAUUGGUGGCAAAAGGAUUCCAGCAAACUCCUGGUUUAGACUACUUUGAAACUUUUAGUCCAGUUAUCAAACCCUCCACAAUUAGGAUCAUUUUUACCCUUGCUAUCUCAAAUGGUUGGGACAUAUAG